AUGAUUGGUAUUGAAAAAAUACCAAUUGAUCCAUUAAAUAUUGAUAAUAAUCAACGUAUUAAUCAAUCUGAUCAUUAUGCUUUACAAUUAAUUAUUAAUUUUCGAACAAGAUCAAUAAGUCAUCGUUCAGGACUUGUUAUAUUACCAACAUUAAAUACAUGGUCAAUAAUUCAUUCAUAUAGUAAAGAAUUUUAUCCAUCUGAUGAUCUAUGGCCAUCACAUAUUAAUUUAUUAUGGCCCUUUUUUGAUUUAAUUGAUUGUCAAGCUGAUCAAGAAGAUAUUCUUUUACGAUUAAGACUUUUAUUAAGUCAAUAUUCAUCAUUUUCAAUAAAAAUUAAUAAAAUUGAUUCAUUUAUUGAAAAUAAUAUUAUUUAUAUGAAAAUGAAUGAUGAAUCAACGAAAUAUGUUAAACAAUUACAUGAACAACUAAUUAAAUUAUUUCCACAAUGUUUAAAAAAUAAACGAAGUAGUUAUAAUCCACAUAUGACAAUUGGACAAUUUGACAAUGAACAAAAAUUUAAUGAAGCGAAAUCAUCAUUGAUUUUACAUGAAUCAUUUGAAUUUCCUGUUGAAUAUAUUUACGUUUUACAACGACCACAUGAUAAUGAUACAACACCAUUUCAUAUUGCUUAUCAAUUACCAUUAGGUCCUGUACUUCAACGAAUAAAUUUUAAACAAAUGAAUUCUGUUAAUAUUAAAUUACAAGAAUUUUUUCAAACAAUGAAUCUUUAUGAAACAAGUCAAUCAUAUAAACGAAAACAAGAGAAAUUUGAAAAACUUUCAUCUUGUUUUCAACAAAUGUUUAAUAAAGAUACAUUACAUUGUUUUACUACUUCAUUUUUAUCAUAUGGUAGUUUUCGUAUUGGUAUUAAUGGACAAGAUCUUGAUACAGUAUUUGUUUUAAAUGAACUUAAAUUAGUAAAUGAUAAAACAAAUUUUGAUGAAUCAUUUCUUCAAUUAAAACAUGAUUCAAAUGCAUUAAAUAAUCAUAUUGUUAAUCUACUUGAAACACAAAUAAAUGGAAAUCUCAAAGAUGAAAUUAUUUUUUAUCGAAAAAUUCAAGCAUUAUUUCCAAUAAUAUCAAUUUUAUUUAAUGAUCAAACAAAAGUAGAAAUUUAUGUACAAACUGAUAUAAAUAACAAACAUUCUUCGAAUGUUUCAUUCUCUUCUCAACAGUCCAUACACGGGGUACAUGAUAUUGAACGUCUGUUAACAUAUGUUCGUUGUCCACCUAUAUUUCAACAUCUGUUGACAUAUAUUCGUACUUGGGCUCAACAUGUUGGUCUUUAUGGACAAGUAUACGGUUAUUUAUGUGGCUAUUCUUUGGCUAUUUUAUGUGCAUAUAUUUGUCAUACAUAUUUACCAUCAAUGAAAUCUCUUUCAUCAAUCGAACAAUUUUCUAUUGAUGAAUUUUUCUCAUUAGUUCAACAUUUUUUUUCAACUUUUGCAAAUUUUAAUUGGUCAUUACAAGCAUUUUGCCUAUAUCCAAAAUCUUAUAAACAAUUAAAUCCAUUAGAAAAAUCAUUAAUACAUAAUCGAGGUUCGAUGCGUAUUAUAUCACCAAUUCCACCUUAUAAUAAUACAGCACGUGCAACUAUAAAUUCUACUCGUGAUUUAAUUAUUCAAGGUUUUCAACGUGUUCUACAAUUACUUAAUACAAUAAAUACAAUUAGUUCAGAAGAUAAAUUAAAUGGAUUAAAACAAAUUCUUGAAUUAAAUAAUGAUUUUCCAAAUGAAAAAAUAAAAUCACUUAUUCAAUUAACACUUUCAAGUGAAAAUAAAAAUGAAUUAGAUGAAUGGAUUGGAUGGAUGAAAUCACGUUUAGUACAUUUUAUCAAUGCUUGUGAAGAAGGAUGUCAUUUAACUAUUCAAACACAAAGUACAAUUGAAUAUAAAUCAAAUAAUACUGAAGCAUUAUAUUCUAUUGGUUUUCAACUUGAUCCACAAACAUUAAUUCAAAAUCGAAAUUUUUCUAGUUGUUUAAAGAAAUUCCUUGACCAAUUUUAUUUAUAUUCAAAUCAGAAAGAAUCAAUGAAAUUUACAUAUAAAAUAAUCUCAAUAGAUGAUUGGAAACUUGAACGAAUGCAACCAAAAUCACAAAGAACAACUAAAUAA